UCAUGGCAUAAUAAUCCGCCGAAUUUGCAACAAAAGUUGAUGAGUCUCAUAAAGGUUAAGAUGAUGAAAAAAAUAAACCUUAAGAAGUGAAUCAAUAGAAUGAAGAGAAAAAUGAAGCAUAAAAGACAGAAAACAAAGUUCCUAGUUUGUUUGGAUCAAUGAUAAAUGGAUAAAAUUUAUUCAAUAACAAUUAAACAAAUCAAAUUUUUUAAGGAAGUUUAUUUGGAUCUACUUAACCUAAUACUGGAAUUUUUAGUUCUGGACCUUCAAUUUUAAACAAUGUUAAUGUAGAUCUCACAAAACCAGGACCAUCCUUAUUUGGUAUUAGUUACACAGCUCCAAAAUCUGAUGAUAGUGAUCCUGGAGAAGAUGAUGGUAUCAAUUAAACAACUAUUUUAUAGGAUAAGAUGAUUAAAAACCAGAAGAUGAUGAACCAAAAUAAAUAGUAAUGAAAUAUGAUUAUACUUCAAAUACAGAUUAAUUAGUAAAGGUAAUUUGUUUUUUAUAUAAUUUAAGGUUAAUGUUGAAAAGUUUAGAAAAAAUACAAAUGAUAUUUUGGAGAAGGGAUCUGUUGCAAUUGAAAAAACUAAAAAUGGAAAUUCUUACUAUCUUGUGUAUAGGUAUAUUAUUUAUCUAUUUGUUUAGAAAUGCAAUAUAAUAAUCAUUAUAUACAGGGUAAUUUAUCAAAGGAUUUUCAGAGAUUAAACCUUUGGGAUAGAAGGCAGAAAAUUUAAUUAUUAAAGCUAUCAGCAGAAAAGAUAAAUUGGAUAGUAAAUAGAAGGAAUAAGGUGAAAAUGAUGAAAAGAAUUCUAUAUCUGUUGAUACAUUAAAAGUAAUGUUCACAACAAAAGAAGGAUCAGAAGAGUUUAAAACAGAGUUUGCAAAAAUAUUUUAAUGAUA